ACCUCACUACUCCAGCCUGGUGACAGAGGGAGACUCCAAAAAAGAAAGAAUAAGAGUUGAAAUGUUCUGCCCAUUUUCUCACAGUAGAGAAAAAUCAGCCUAUUUUCUCUUUGAUGGAAAAAUUGCAUCAUCUUGUUUAUAUGGUUCAAAUGCAUAGUGCAUUUAUGAAGAUUUACCGUUAAAGCUUCUUUCAUUUCUGUCUUUAGAAGUUACUCACAGAGAAGCCAGUAGGAGUACGAAGUGUGGGUGGAUGUGGUUUUUUGGUUAGGUUAUGGUUGUAAGAUCUAAGGUUAAUUUGCUCCUUCUUACAGGAAAAUAGCCUUUAGGGAUGACAGGGUUUGCUUCCUGCUUGGUGCAGGGAAUCUGACUAGUGUCAUUCAUAACAAGACUAUAGAGGGUGAGUCUAUGUGGGGGUGGAUUUUUCUAUUUUACCUCCCUGAGGUCUGACUGGAGUGCCCUGUAAGGAUGUCCAGUCUCAAGUGUAGGCCAUUCCCAGGCUUGAAGGUUGGUUCUUUUCUUUGCCAUAUGGUGAGUUUGGUGAUCUUGUGGAUCCUGGAACUUGAUACUUAUGUGACCAGAGGAGAACAGAUGUAACAGUGUUUAAGAUAUGUAUCUCCUUGCUUUGAACUGUAAAUGAGACUGUCUGAGAAAGUUCCCUUAUGCAUAAUGUUCUUCCAAAGUCCAAACCAAAACUCUUAGAAGUAAAGUUGGUCGGAGCAUGGAGACUCACCAGUAUCCCCUGCGGGCUUCUGGUUGAAGUGGCCGUCACAUGCGUUUUUCUGUUUUCUUCUCUUGGCAGUGUGAACAGUUUGGAUGUAUUCCCCAGCUGUGUGCCACGUGGCCGUGGGAACCUUUUGACCACCACUUUCUUUGGAGUUGGGCUUUAUUAUAGCAUGCUUCCGUUCCCUGGGGUGGUGUGCUCUGGGCAGGAAGAUGGGAAGUAGGCCUUGAGGAUUGAUUUGCUUUUCACUUGUCUAACUAAUGAUACAUCAGAAUUGUCCCAAAGAAUUAUGUCUAGGUUAUAUAUUUAUAAAAGCCUUUGAUGAAAAAAAAAUUUACUUCUUUUUAAAAAGUACUUUUAUUCCCAAAGUGUCUAACUUUAGUUCAUCAGAUUAAGAGCUUUAGUGCCUUAUGUAUGCCAGACAUGUUUCAGGUUAGAUCUUUUUUGUCCUUUCCAGUCUACUUAAUGUGGAGAAAAUGUCCCAGGAUUUUUUUUUUUAAAUCAAGUCAAACUUGUUAGAGGAAAGACUAAGGCCCUAUCACAAAUGGCCACAAGACUAGUUUGAAUAAAAGCUCUUUCUGUUCAAAUGAGAGGGACGGUGAGUGAACCAGUAUUAUGUUUACCUUUUAGGAAUAUUCCGUAUGAUAAACUCUAGCCUUAGCAUUUAAUAUUAUGGCGAUAUCUAGGUGCAAGGAGGAAUGUGGGGCAAUACAGCUAGUAGAAGAAAAGUCAUUUUUGGCCGGGCGUGGUGGCUCACUCGUAUAAUCCCGGCACUUUGGGAGGCUGAGGCGGGCCAGCUGAGCUGCAUUUCCUUCCCGCCUAACGAAGAGAAGUACCUCCAGCAGAUUGUGGACUGCCUCCCUUGCAUACUGAUCCUCGGCCAGGAUUGUAAUGUCAAGCGCCAGCUGUUGAACCUGCUGUUGGGGGUGCAGGUGCUUCCCACCACCAAGCUGGGCAGUGAGGAGAGCUGUAAGCUUCGGCGCCUCCGCUUCACCUAUGGGACUCAGACUCGGGUCAGCCUGGCGCUCCCUGGACAGUAUGAACUAGUGCAUACGCUGGUUGCUCACCAGGGCAACUGGGAGACCAUCCCUGAGGAGGAUCUGGAAGUCCAAGAGGACAAUGAGGAUGCUGCUCAUGUUUUAGCGGAACUGGAGGUAACGAUGCACCAUGCUCUCUUAAAGGAAGUGGACAUUGUGGUAGCACCAUGCCAAGGCCUCCGUCCCACAGUGGACGUUCUGGGUGACCUGGUGAAUGAUUUCUUGCCUGUGAUAACCUAUGCACUCCACAAAGAUGAACUUUCUGAGAGGGAUGAGCAAGAGCUUCAGGAAAUCCGAAAGUAUUUCUCCUUUCCUGUAUUCUUUUUCAAAAUGCCGAAACUGGGCUCAGAGAUAAUAGACUCCUCAACCAGGAGAACGGAGAGUGAAAGAUCACCGCUUUAUCACCAGCUAAUUGACUUGGGCUAUCUGAGCAGCAGUCACUGGAACUGUGGGGCUCCUGGCCAGGAUACUAAAGCUCAGAGCAUGUUGGUGGAACAAAGUGAAAAGCUGAGACACUUGAGCACAUUUUCUCACCAGGUGUUACAGACUCGCCUGGUGGAUGCAGCCAAGGCCCUGAACCUGGUGCAUUGCCACUGCCUUGACAUCUUUAUUAACCAGGCAUUUGACAUGCAGCGGGAUCUGCAGAUCACUCCCAAACGUCUGGAAUAUACUCGAAAAAAGGAGAAUGAAUUAUAUGAAUCACUGAUGAAUAUUGCCAACCGAAAGCAGGAGGAAAUGAAGGAUAUGAUUGUUGAGACACUUAAUACCAUGAAGGAGGAACUUCUGGAUGACGCUACUAACAUGGAGUUUAAAGACGUCAUUGUCCCUGAGAAUGGAGAACCAGUAGGCACCAGAGAGAUCAAAUGCUGUAUCCGACAGAUCCAGGAACUCAUCAUCUCCCGACUUAAUCAGGCAGUGGCUAAUAAGCUGAUCAGCUCAGUGGAUUACCUGAGGGAGAGCUUUGUCGGAACCCUGGAACGAUGUCUGCAGAGCCUGGAGAAGUCUCAGGAUGUCUCAGUUCACAUCACCAGUAAUUAUCUCAAACAGAUCUUAAAUGCUGCCUAUCAUGUUGAAGUCACAUUUCACUCAGGGUCAUCUGUUACAAGGAUGCUGUGGGAGCAAAUCAAGCAGAUCAUCCAGCGCAUCACAUGGGUGAGCCCACCUGCCAUCACUCUGGAAUGGAAAAGGAAGGUGGCCCAGGAAGCCAUCGAGAGCCUCAGCGCCUCCAAAUUGGCCAAGAGCAUUUGCAGCCAAUUCCGGACUCGGCUUAAUAGUUCCCACGAGGCUUUUGCAGCCUCCUUGCGGCAGCUAGAAGCUGGCCACUCAGGCCGGUUAGAGAAAACUGAAGAUCUAUGGCUGAAGGUUCGGAAAGAUCAUGCCCCCCGCCUGGCCCGCCUUUCUCUGGAAAGCCGUUCUUUACAGGAUGUCUUGCUUCAUCGUAAACCUAAACUGGGACAGGAACUGGGCCGGGGCCAGUAUGGUGUGGUGUACCUGUGUGACAACUGGGGAGGACACUUCCCUUGUGCCCUCAAAUCAGUUGUCCCUCCAGAUGAGAAGCACUGGAAUGAUCUGGCUUUGGAGUUUCACUACAUGAGGUCUCUGCCGAAGCAUGAGCGAUUGGUGGAUCUCCAUGGCUCAGUCAUCGACUACAACUAUGGUGGUGGCUCCAGCAUUGCUGUGCUCCUCAUUAUGGAGCGGCUCCACCGGGACCUCUACACAGGGCUGAAGGCUGGGCUGACCCUGGAGACACGUUUGCAGAUAGCACUAGAUGUGGUGGAGGGAAUCCGCUUCCUGCACAGCCAGGGACUUGUCCAUCGUGAUAUCAAACUGAAAAAUGUGCUGCUAGACAAGCAGAACCGUGCCAAGAUCACUGACUUAGGAUUCUGCAAGCCAGAGGCCAUGAUGUCAGGCAGCAUUGUGGGGACACCAAUCCAUAUGGCCCCUGAACUUUUCACAGGGAAGUACGAUAAUUCCGUGGAUGUCUACGCUUUUGGAAUUCUUUUCUGGUAUAUCUGCUCAGGCUCUGUCAAGCUCCCUGAGGCAUUUGAGAGGUGUGCUAGCAAAGACCAUCUCUGGAACAAUGUGCGGAGGGGGGCUCGCCCAGAACGUCUUCCUGUGUUUGAUGAGGAGUGCUGGCAGUUGAUGGAAGCCUGUUGGGAUGGCGACCCCUUGAAGAGGCCUCUCUUGGGCAUUGUCCAGCCUAUGCUCCAGGGCAUCAUGGACAGACUUUGCAAGUCCAAUUCUGAGCAGCCAAACAGAGGACUAGAUGAUUCUACUUGAAAGCAAAGACCUUUCUCUUUCACUUUCUCUUUCUUUCCUUCCCCCUCACCUUUUGGCCAUGGGGAGAAUUUGACAUUUAUUCACUAUAGGACACACUCCCAAGGGAACUGGUGCUUGCUGGGAAGCUUGAAACCUUCCCAGGCAGGGAUGACUCCUGGACAGUGAAGAGUUGGAUGACUGAGCAUAUUCAGCAGCUCACUGAAGCCCCAAGCUAUCCCUUUAGCAAAAAAGUGUCUAAGAUGUGUAAAAGCCGAGGAAUGUGAUGUUCUGGCCUCACAAAUGAAAAGGAGGCAGAUGUUACCAUGGUCUAUUCACUGUAUAUGCUUCUAAGACAACAAGCGGGACACUGCAGUGGCAAUAGUGUUAGAAAGUCUCAUUCUCAUGAUUUUGGCUCUAGCUAGGAAUAGUUUAGUCAGGACUCAGAAAAUUUGAGCUUAGUUCCGGGAUUAUGAAAACAUAGGGAUAAAAACAAUAACUUGUGGAUGUCUGGAUUCUGCUGCCCACAGCCAGGGAUCUCAGGUUGCAAUGGUCAGAAGCCCCAGUGAGGGAGCUAGAAACAGAGCUAUCUGUUCCUCAUAGUGCCAGUGUGUUUACAUUUAUAGGACCACAUAUCCCUGGUUUCUGUUACAUCACCAAGAGGCCCUGAAAAGAG